AGCAGCAGUAUCAAGGUGUGCGUGUAUGCUACUUUCAGCUCACUAAAUGAAUGGAUACUGCUCGCAUGUGGGCUAUUUUUCAAGAACCAUCUAAUUCUGGAUUCAAUGCAUUUAUCACUCGGGAUCAGUAAUGACUUGGCUUCUGUUGUGGGUUUUACUAUUUGCUUGUGUACCACAGAUUCACAGAGCAUUUGCUCAGGAUUCCUCUAAGAUGCUGUCCAUACCAGAGCCUGUCGCCCCGGAGCCCUACAACCACACCCAGUACUGCCAAUGGCCCUGCAAAUGUCCUAAAACUCCCCCCACCUGUCCACCAGGUGUGAGCUUGAUCAUGGACGGCUGCGACUGCUGCAGAGCAUGUGCCAAACAGGUGGGGGAGGUUUGCAAUGAGAAAGCAAACUGUGACCAUCAUCGAGGCCUUUACUGUGAUUACAGCGUAGACAAGCCUAGGUACGAAAAAGGAGUAUGUGCGUAUCUGCCAGGCACUGGCUGCGAGCACAACGGUGUGAUCUAUCGCAAUGGCCAGAGCUUUCAGCCCAAUUGCAAAUACCAGUGUUUGUGUGUGAAUGGGGCGAUCGGAUGUGUCUCACUAUGUGAUGAGUCUCAGCCUCCCAGGGUUUGGUGCCAGAAUCCACAGCGAGUUAAAAUUCCCGGCCGAUGCUGUGAGCAGUGGAUCUGUGAAGAGUCCAGAAGGGGGCGCAAGACAGCACCAAGACACACAAUGGCUGCCCUGUCUAGUGUAAAAGACAACUGGCACAAGAACUGCGUGACCCAGACAACCUCCUGGAGUCCCUGCUCAAAGACCUGCGGCCGUGGAGUGUCUUUACGCAUUACUAACAACAACAAGCAGUGUCAGAUGGUCAAAGAAAGCAGACUCUGCAACAUCCGGCCUUGCAAAGUGGACAUCACAAAGCACAUCAAGCCUGGAAAGAAGUGCUUGAACAUUUACAGAGAUGAAAAGCCACACAACUUCACUAUCUCAGGCUGCACCAGUACAAACACUUACAGGCCCAAGUACUGUGGAGUGUGUACAGACGAGCGCUGCUGCAUCCCUUACAAAUCUAAGACUGUUGAGGUCGACUUUCAGUGCCCAAACGGAUCCGGCUUCACCUGGCAGGUCAUGUGGAUUAACGCCUGCUUCUGCAACCUGAGCUGUAAAAACCCCAAUGACAUAUUUACAGAUCUAGAACAGUACCACGAAAGAGGUGAGAUUGGAAACUGAGUGUACCUUAAGAGACCUUGCAGAAAAGUCAAUAGAAAGAUUUGGGUCAUAGCCAGAUUUUGAGCACAAGUUAAUAUUUAAUUGACUAUCGUCUUUGGCGUUUUUUUUAUUAUGAGACUUUUUCCUAUUGGAAAAACUGAAAUAAACCAAUAUAUAUCUUAAUAUAUUCUAUUUUAAGACUACACAGUGUAUCGCAACUAAAUUGUUCACAUCUGCUCAGUUAUUUCAACCAAGCUUAUCCAAGUUCUGUAACAAAUACAUUUUUUGUAUAAAUGAUGUAAGUAUAGAUAUGUAAAAAGACUAUAUUGUUGUUAUGUAGUUAAAAUUUUAAUUUAUACAAAAUCUAUGUAUGUAAAGAAGAAAUGUAUUGCUUUUAUGCAUUGAUA